AUGUCGGACAGUGACUUGGAGAUGGGCGACGACGAUGUGGAGCAGUCGGAGCUGGAGCAACAAUUUCGCCUGGCCACCAACCAUGUGACGGCCAAGGCCAAUGUGUAUGCGGCCAAGGAUCUGCUCGAACUCUACGGCCUCUAUAAGCAGGCCACCGAGGGCGUUUGCCACACGCCACGCCCCUCGAUGUUGCAGAUGCAGGCACGCAGCAAAUGGUCAGCUUGGCAAGCGCUAGGCGAGAUGACAAAGCCAGAGGCGCAAAGCGCUUACAUAGCCAAGCUGCGCAGCAUCGACGAGGACUACGAGGGGGACAGCAAACAGAAGACGCCUGGACGCUUAAAUGGUUGGGUGGUGCACAGCAUUGAAUCGGUGCCCGUGGAGGAGCAAUCCAAGCCGGAGCAUCUGAAGACCAUUUUCGAUCAUGUGAAGGAGAACAAUUUGCCACGUUUGCGUGAACAACUGAAGCCAGGGGCUGAUCUCACUCCGCUGGACGAGCAAGGCAUGGCGCUGUUGCAUUGGGCCACCGAUCGCAAUGCCAUCGAGAUCAUUCAAUAUCUGGUUGAGUGCGGGGCAAAUGUGAAUCAAUUGGAUGCGGAACAACAGACGCCGCUGCAUUAUGCAGCGAGCUGUGGCCAUGUGGAGGCGUUACGCUAUCUCUUGUCCUCCAAUGCGGAUCUGGAGCUGCGCGAUGCCGAUGGACAGACGUGUCUGGAUGUCGCCGAGGAUGAGCAGAUUUGUGCCAUGCUGCAGGCGGCGCUGCAGCUGCGCAACACUUGAGUGCGGGAGAUUUGUGCAACAUUUUCAAUUGUAUAUUAUAUUCUUUUCUUUUUAUUUUUGUGUGCGAAAUUAAAACGUAAUCGUAGCUGUUGAAAA